CUUGAAUGUCUGCUCACAAACUUGUAUAAAUAAUAAAAAAAAUGGCUUCAAACAGUGGUGAAAAACUUUUUAGUUCUAACGACAGAAGUAAUCAGGGCAGAUACAUCGAUCUAAAGAACAAAGUAAUUCAUAAUCGCAGAAGUCCGCAAGAAUCCAUAUGAUUAUUCUAAUCAUCUCGAGUAUAUUCAAUAUUUACAAAAGUAUGGCAAUUAUGAAGAACUUAGACAUGCCAGGGAGCAAAUGUCUAAGAUAUUUCCGCUAUCGCCUGAUCAUUGGCUUCAAUGGAUUGAAGACGAAAUAAAAAAUAACACGGAAACUAAUAAAAUUUAUGCAUAUUAUGAAAGAGCCCUUGAAGACUAUUAUUCAGUUGACGUCUGGGAACAAUAUAUACUUUUUGCUUUAGAAAAACUUUCAGAUAAAGAGCUCAUCCGCUCUUUACUUGAGAGAUCGAUUAGUGAAGUUGGCCUGGAUUUUUACGAAGGAAAAAGAAUUUGGGAACGUUAUUGCGAAUUUGAGUUGAAGAUGUUUCAGGCGCUUUCCAAAUCGGAGGAGAAGAACAAUUUAAAAAGUCAGGCUGACUUGCUUCUGUCUUUAUGGAGGAGACGCUUUUCAAUUCCCUUAAGCCGCAGCGAAGAUGAUUUUAAAGAUUUCAUAAAAAUUUUAGAAAAAAAUUUAAUCGACUGCCCGGAUAAGGAUUCUUAUGAAAAACUUUGGCAUAAAUGCUUGGUGGCCGGCGAACUGUUAGCAGCACGCGAGGACAAUCUUAAAUCUCCUACAGAUUAUAUAAAUUAUAUUUCGGAGGAACUAAAGAAGGGCGAUCCCUCUCGCGUGAUUAAUUUAUACAAGCGCGGGAUUGCUGCUUUUCCUCUGGAGCACAUAUUGUGGCUUUCCUAUGCUGAUUACAUGAUCUUUGAGGUCAAAGAUCUGCAAGGAGCCUUAAAAGUUUUGACUUCCGCCGUACGAAAUUGCACUUGGAUUAGUUCUCUUUGGAUCAAAUAUCUUCUUGUUUUAGAACUUCUCGGCCGACCGCAGCACGAGAUUGACGAGGUUUUCUUGAAAGGACUUUCUGCCGGCCUGGCCACUGCGGCAGACUAUGCGGAUUGGUGGCUUUUCCGUCUCGACCAGUUGCGUCGUAGCGUUGAUUGGUCUCUGGAAAAAGACGAUCUUCUAGUGGACCAACAGGCUCUCGCUCUACGCAGAGAGAUGGCCAAUGCCUCGUCCUACAUGGACGCUUACUUUGCCGGUUCGGAACACGGAAACUCCAUCAACGUAUAUUGCGCUAAUAUUGAAUCACUAUUUUUUAAGGAACCUGAAGCCUCUCGACUCUAUUGGGAGAAAGUUGUGCGGAAUUCCUCGUGUACAGUGCAUCUUUGGCUGCGCUACAUCGACAUGGAAAAAUACUGCGGAAAUAGCGCGGAGAAAAUACGAAAUCUGUUUCGCAGAAUGGCCAGGAAAUACGGCGAGGCGGCCUACGCACAUUGGGCCCAGUGGGAGCGUGAAAACUCUUCUUUAGAUGGCUACUUGCACGUGUAUAAGCUGUCCGCCCUUAAGCAGAUUCACGUGCCGUCCAUGGAGGAGCCUAUUUCCAGCGCAACCAAUCUUAAGCGGCAAGCGGAGCACGUUUCUGUCGAAGAGGACUUGUCGGGAUUGAAAAGGGAAAGGCAGGCGGCUGAGGAUCCUCUCAAGAGCGAUAAGCUCAAUGAGCACGUUAACAAUUACUACCGGUCUGUUUUUGUGAGCAAUUUACAGUACAACACGAACGAGGAGCAACUAAAAGAUUUGUUUGAGAAAGUUUCGGACUUGUUAGUAAGCAGAUUUGUAGGACGAUUAAUAUUUGUUAUUGAAAACCAGUGCGGCGCUGUCAUGGAAGUCCGCUUGGUGAAAGUUAACGGAAAGUUAAAGGGUUACGGUUACAUCCAAUUUUUGAAUGAGUCUUCAGUAAAAAAAGCGUUAGAGCUCGAUCGCACUCUUGUUAAUCGGCGGCCCAUCUUCGUGUCGAAGUGCGUGGAGAAAGAAAAAAGGCAGCAAAGCCGCCCAAAGUUUACAAAUGAAGUAAACAAAAGAGUUAUAUUUGUGAAGAAUCUUCCUACUUCUCUAACCGAAGAAUGCAUCCGAAAACUUUUUAGCAAAUGUGGGGCAAUUCGCGAAGUUAGAAUGGUUAAGCAUAAGUCCGGCGAAUUCAAAGGAUAUUUGUAUCUCGAGUUUGAAAGAGAAGAAGAUGCCAUAAAGAGUCUUCUGCUUAACCAAACGGAGGUGGAAGGCCAAACAAUACAAGUCGCCGUCUCAGAUCCUAAGCACUCAAUACCGCUUAGUUCCAGCGCGCUCGUUCCGAGAACUGUUGGACGGAGCAGAGUUCAUCUUGAUUCCCACUCAACUGUCCCUAAAGAUAUUAAUAAAAGAGAAGCGGAAGUUAAUGUAAAUAAAGAAGGCGAGCGCCUCUCUAAUUCAGAUUUCAGGAAAUUUUUAAAAUAA